AUGCCACCACUGCCUCGGACCUUCCCGUGUCCAGCCACGGUAAACCCCACUGUGUUCUUCAAUGUUCCAAAGACAGCAGAAAAUUUUCGUGCUCUGAGCACUGGGGAGAAAAAAAUUUGUUAUAAAGGCCCCUGCUGUCACAGAAUUAUUCUGGGAUUUCCAUGCCAGGGUGAUGACUUCACAUGGCACAGUGGCACAGGCAGCAAGUCCAUCUACGGGGAGAAAAGUGAUGAUGAGAACUUCGUCCUGAAGCACACAGGUCCUGGUAUCUUGUCCACGGCAAAUGCUGGACCCAACACAAACAGUUCCCAGCUUUUCAUCUGCACUGCCAAGACCGAGUGGCUGGAUGGCAAGCAUGUGGUCUUCCCCCAGGUGAAAGACCGCGUGGAUGCUGUGACAGCCAUGGAGCACUACAGGUCCAGGAAUGACAAGACCAGCAAGAAGAUCACCAUUACUGACUGUGGACAACUCUCAUAAAUUUGACUUGUGUUUUACCUGAACCACCAGAGCAUUCCUUCAGUAGCUCAGGAGAGCGCCCCUGCACCCCCAUCUGCUUGGAAUGUUCUAUAAUCUUCAUGCUUUUGCCUCAGUUCCUUGGGUUCCAUGUUUUCUCUACCCCUUCCAAGUCCAGCUGGAUUGCAGAGUUAAGUUUAUGAUUAUAAAAUAAAAACUAAACAACAA